AUGGAGAAUGAUAAAUAUAAUCUAAGUGAUGCCCUGAAAAAGCUGAAGAUAACAACCACUGACAGCACAACAGAUAGCUUGGAGGGAUGCUUGGACUGUUUGCUUCAGGCUCUGGCACAAAACAAUAUGGAGACAAGUGAAAAAAUCCAGAAAAGUGGAGUUCUUCAGGUGUUCGCGAGUCUGUUGACGCCACAAUCUUCCUGCACAGCAAAAGUAGCUAACAUCAUAGCGGAAGUAGCCAGAAAUGAAUUCAUGCGGAACCCGUGUGUGGAUGCUGGCUUGGUCCCUCCUUUGGUGCAGCUCUUAAACUGCAAAGACCAGGAAGUGCUGCUUCAAACAGGACGUGCUCUGGGCAAUAUAUGCUACGACAGCCAUGAGGGCAGGAACGCAGUUGACCAUGCAGGUGGUGCACAUAUUGUAGUAGACCAGAUAAGGUCACUGUGCAGUAAAACAGAUCCAGCCAGUGAGAAGCUCUUGACUGUCUUUUGUGGCAUGCUGAUGAACUAUAGCAAUGAGAAUGAUACCCUGCAGUCACAGCUUAUCAAUAUGGGUGUUAUUCCUACAUUAGUGAAAUUGUUGGGUAUUCAUUGCCAAAAUGCAGCUCUGACAGAGAUGUGCCUUGUUGCAUUUGGCAAUUUAGCAGAACUUGAGUCAAGUAAAGAGCAGUUCGCCUACACAAACAUUGCUGAAGAGCUUGUGAAACUGUUCAAGAAGCAAAUAGAGCAUGACAAAAAAGAGAUGAUUUUUGAAGUUUUGGCUCCCUUGGCAGAAAAUGAUGUCAUUAAACUGCAGCUGGUUGAGGCAGGCUUGGUGGAGUGCUUACUUGAGAUCGUCCAGAAGACUGUGGACAGUGACAAAGAGGAUGAUGUUGCAGAGCUUAAAACAGCUUCUGAUCUGAUGGUUUUAUUAUUGCUUGGGGAUGAGUCCAUGCAAAAGUUAUUUGAAGGAGGAAAAGGCAGCGUGUUCCAAAGAGUACUAUCAUGGAUUCCUUCCAACAGCCAUCAGCUACAGCUUGCAGGAGCAUUGGCCAUUGCAAAUUUUGCCAGGAAUGAUGGAAACUGCAUCCAUAUGGUGGAUAAUGGCAUAGUUCAAAAGCUGAUGGAUCUGCUAGACAGACAUGUGGAGGAUGGAAAUGUGACUGUGCAGCAUGCUGCUCUGAGUGCUCUCAGAAACCUGGCUAUUCCUGUUGUAAAUAAGGCAAAGAUGCUAUCAGCUGGCGUUGCAGAAGCUGUGUUGAAAUUCCUCAGAUCGGAGAUGCCCCCUGUUCAAUUCAAGCUUCUGGGAACAUUAAGAAUGUUAAUAGAUGCACAAGCAGAAGCAGCUGAACAGCUGGGCAAAAAUGUAAAACUGGUGGAACGAUUGGUGGAAUGGUGUGAAGCCAAGGAUCACGCAGGUGUGAUGGGAGAGUCCAACAGACUACUUUCUGCACUUAUACGCCACAGCAAAUCAAAAGAUGUAAUUAGGACCAUUGUACAGAGCGGUGGCAUCAAGCAUUUAGUAACCAUGGCAACCAGUGAACACGUAAUAAUGCAAAACGAAGCUCUCGUUGCACUGGCACUAAUAGCAGCCUUAGAGUUGGGCACUGCUGAAAAGGAUCUGGAAAACGCUCAGCUUGUUCAGAUUCUACACAGACUGCUCUCAGAUGACAGGAGCGCUCCAGAAAUAAAAUACAACUCCAUGGUGCUGAUCUGUGCCCUUAUAGGAUCUGAGCCUCUCCAAAAGGAAGUGCAGAGCAUGGCGUUUCUAGAAGUUGUCUCGAAACUCCGCAGCCAUGAGAACAAAACUGUUGCCCAGCAGGCCUCGCUAACAGAGCAGAGACUCGCUGUAGAAAGCUGAG